AGAAAUUCAAUUAUCUCUGUCACGAUCAAAAUAUCACCAUGAUGGCCGCUGUAAGCACCACUGACUGGCGUAUUCGCCUCUUCGGUCCUCAGAUUCAGCUCAACCAAAAGAUGGAGAUCAGCGCGGACCAAAUCAACGACAUCGAAGCUCCUCAUGCUCUCCCAACGGUGUCAGUAUCCACUAUCGAAGCCUUUGAUUCCUCCAAGUAUGACUACAUCGCAGUUUUCUUGGGUGCAGACUAUUGCCCUCACUGUAAAGCGUUCGCUCCUACUGUUCACCAAAGUACGAGUGCUCUCGAAAAAAAGCGUUGCAAAGUUGUGUUUGUUUCCAACGAUCGCACCCUCGAAGCUUUUCAUGCCAGUUGUCAGAAAAACCGAACCCUUGACGUCAUGCCGUACGAUCUAGAGAAGACCCAGACCAUGCGUGAUCUGUUUGGCCUCCAAACAAUUCCGGCACUCAUGAUUCUUCGCAACAGCGGUUUCGACCAGGAAAACCCGACCGUCCUCAGCAACGGCCGUCAAGCCUUGGUGGCUGAUCCUCAGGGAGCCCAGUUCCCGUGGAGUUCAGACUCUCCUUCCAGCACGAUUACCGGUACGAAGAAAGCGUCCUCCAUUUCGGCUUGGGAGAGGCUCUGGAUCCAUGGCAAAUACGGAAACUGGUGGGAGCUCGGCCACCAUUCCAACCCGGAAAAGCCAGACCAGAUCUACAUGGAUGAACACGCCGUCCGGAUUCGUGCCGGCAUUUUAAACACUGUCAGCUGGGUUGCCAUUAUCAACAUUUUCUUUUGGAAGGAAUCCCUCAUGCUCUACAUUCUUUAUCCUAUUGUCGCUUGGGAGUUUAUCCUGAGUUCCUUCACUGGUUUAACGCCCUUGGCUCCUAUUGGAACGCUUUCAACGUUGCUGGCCAUCGUACUGCAACCCGAGCCACACUGGAAGCCUGCUAAGCCCAAACGAUUCGCAUGGAUGAUUGGACUUAGCUUAGCCACAACCUGCCUCAUUAUUUUCCUAUUCCGCAAGGAACUCGGUCCGGACCUUUACCGCCCACUCAUGGGUGCCGUGGCCUUUACGUGCAAUGCUGCUACAUGGUUGGAAUCGUCGGCCGGUUUCUGUAUUGGCUGCUAUAUCUACAAUACCUUUUUGGUGCCUAUGUACAAUUUGGAGGAAUGCAGUGAGUGCAAACUGUAA